CUGCCUCCCUUCUCCAUCUCAUUCAAGGCUGACUGGCCGCAGCAUAUAAACUGCUCACUUCCUUACAGACGGCACACAAGUCUUCCUCUCAUCAUUCACAGCACAUUCAACAGCCAUGACUCGUCUCGUGUUCCUGGCGGUGGUGGCAGCCAUGGUUGCGGACGUCAUGGCAACACCAGUUUGUGAAAAUAAUAUGCCUACAGCUCAACUUAGACAACUCCCUCUCGUACAAAAACCUGUGGAAGAACUUAUUACUAAAGUCUCAGACCAAAAGCUUGCGGAUCAAGUCUUCGAUUGCCUUGCUGUAGAGGGCACAGACUGUAAUCUUUGCAAGCAAGGUGAAGUGGGACAAGUCGUCGCGUUGAUGCCAGUUAUGCUGAUAGACUGCCAAAGGGGGAACUUAAAUGUGUGCCCAAAGGAACUGCAGGAAAAGGCUAACGCUGUCAUUCAGAAGAUGGGAGAUAUUUACAGAUCUAGACGCACUGCGAUCUUGGAAAGAUUUUUUUAACAAAAAGAAGCAGCACAAGACUCUCCCUUAUCCGUCCAUGUAAUGAUUCCCCGCUGACAACUGUUGGGGUGAUGUGUCCCAACCAGUUACGACCACCACCACUUCAUACAUUCCCUGUAAAAGCAAUUAUUUAUUAAUUUCCCAUGAUAUGCUAUUACAGAGGCUAACUUGACUGGCCGUGUUCUUUGUGUCUUAGGAUUUUCUCUCCUUUUAACAAUGUAAUACUCCUUCUGGAGACUCUUUUGAUCCUUCUACUAGCCCGGCCUGUGAUUUAUGUAAUUAUCAUUAUAAUAAAUUGUUUCCUUAG